GAAAAAGAAAAAAAGCCAAGCCCUUCCAAUGUCCGUACUAUAUGCGUUUGAUUGUAUUUACUUCAUUUGCACAGUUUAGGAGAGUGAGAGUGAGAGUGAGCCCUAGAAAUUUCGAUCCUUUGUGUUAACAGUGACCGGUAUAAAACACUAGAAGGCACACAUUGUAUUACAGAGAAAAAUCGCACAGGCUACAAUUUGAUAUUGCGAGUCUAAUGGGGGCAUCAGCAAAAGACCCGGGGACAAGUGAUAAGGAUGAGAAGUUACACAUAAGUGCAGUGGAUAUUGACAUAGAUGAUAUGUUUGAAGACAUAGAGACAAGUAUAUUUGAAGACAUAGGGACAAGUAGUAAGGGUGAGAAUUUACAGAAUAUGUUUGAAGACAUAGGGACAAGUAGUAAGGGCAAGAACUUACAGAAUGGGACAGCUGAUAUGGACUUGGAUGAUGAGGAUCUAGUUGACUCAGCAGCAAUACAUGAUUUAGGUGAAGAGUUUUUGAGGAAUUUCUGUAAAAAGGCUUCAAGUUCAUUUUUUGAACAGUAUGGUUUGAUAAGUCACCAAAUAAACUCUUACAAUGAUUUUAUUGCCAAUGGAAUCCAAAAGGUGUUUGAUUCCAUUGGCGAGGUUAUAGUGCAGCCCGGAUAUGACCCGUCAAAGAAAGGGGAGGGUGAAUGGAGGCAUGCUUCAGUGAGAUUUGGUAAGGUCACUCUUGAGCGCCCAAGAUUUUGGACAGGUGAUAAGUUUUCUGCUGAUAGCGGUAAAGAUUAUCUGAAUUUGUUGCCAAGACAUGCUCGGCUUCAGAAUAUGACGUACUCCUCCCGGAUGAAAGUGCAGAUCCUUGUUCAGGUGUAUACACAAAAAGUUGUUAGAAGUGACAAGUUCAAAACUGGCAAAGAACAAUAUAUUGAUAAGGAGGUUAUAAAUGAAGAUAACAGGGAUGUCAUUAUUGGGAGGAUCCCUGUGAUGGUCAGGUCUGAUUUGUGUUGGAUGAAUGGAGUUGAGAAGGGUGAUUGUGAUUUUGACCAUGGAGGUUAUUUCUUAAUCAAGGGUGCUGAAAAGACCUUCAUUGCGCAGGAGCAAAUCUGCUUGAAAAGACUCUGGGUGUCUAAUAAUCCAACCUGGUUGGUGGCCUACCGUCCAAUUGCAAAACGGCAAAGAGUUUUUAUAAAAUUAGUAGAUUCUUCCAAAGUCGAACAUAUUAGAGGAGGAGAAAAAGUCCUUAAAGUGUAUAUCGCAGUAACAGAGGUUCCAAUCUGGAUAUUAUUUUUCGCUCUUGGGGUAAAUUCCGACAAAGAAGUUGUGAAUUUGAUUGAUUCUGAUGUUGAAGAUGCUAGUAUUAUCAAUAUACUAGUUGCAUCGAUUCAUGAUGCUGACCAGGAGUGUCAAGAUUUCCGGAAAGCAGGGAAUGCUCUGAGUUAUAUUGCUAAACGGAUAAAAGAUUGCCAAUUUCCACCUGAAGGAACUGUUGAAGAGUUUGUGAGCAAUUAUUUGUUCCCCAAUCUUAUUGGCUCCGGGAGAAAGGCUCGUUUUCUAGGUUAUAUGGUCAAAUGCCUCUUGCAAGCCUAUACUGGCCGCAGGAAAGUCGAUAAUAGAGAUGAUUUUAGAAACAAGAGGUUGGAACUAGCUGGGGAGCUCCUUGAGCGGGAGCUGCGAGUGCACCUUAAACAUGCUGAGAAGCGCAUGGUGAAGGCUAUGCAGAGAGAUCUUUAUGGAGAUCGUAGUCUUCAUCCAAUUGAACACUAUCUUGAUGCAUCAAUCAUCACCAAUGGUCUUUCUAGGGCAUUUUCUAUCGGAGCAUGGGCACAUCCUUACAAGAGGGCUGAAAGGAUCAAUGGCGUAGUGGCAAUGCUGAGACGAACAAAUCCUUUGCAGACAAUGGCUGAUAUGAGGAAAACACGUCAGCAGGUUACAUACACUGGGAAGGCUGGAGAUGCCAGAUACCCGCACCCUUCCCACUGGGGAAAAGUUUGCUACCUUUCUACCCCAGAUGGUGAAAAUUGUGGGCUUGUAAAAAAUCUAGCCAUCACUGGACUUGUUAGUACAAAUGUUGUUGAGCCUUUUAUUAACAAAUUGAUUGAUUGCGGGAUGGAGAAACUGGUAGAUGAUACUUCAGCUUUGCUUUGUGGAAAGAAAAAAGUUUUUCUGGAUGGGGAUUGGGUUGGAAUAUGUGAAGAUGCUGUCUCUUUUGUUGCAGAAGUGAGAAGCAAGCGACGGAUGAAGGAAGUGCCGCAUCAGGUGGAAAUCAAAAGAGAUGAGCAGAAUGAGGAAGUGCGCAUAUUUUCAGAUGCUGGCAGGAUUCUGCGUCCUCUGUUGGUUGUUGGGAAUCUAAAAAAGAUCAAACUUUUGAAAGGGGGGGAGUACAACUUUCAGUCUCUCUUGGAUAGUGGAAUAAUUGAGCUGAUUGGAACUGAAGAGGAAGAAGAUUGUCGCACAGCAUGGGGAAUUAAGUACCUGUUUGUGGAAAGUGAGCCACCGGUAAAGUAUACUCAUUGUGAACUUGAUAUGUCGUUCUUAUUAGGUUUAAGUUGUGGACUUAUUCCAUUUGCGAAUCAUGACCAUGCGAGGAGAGUCCUCUAUCAGUCUGAAAAGCAUUCUCAGCAGGCUAUGGGUUUUUCCACUACAAAUCCAAAUAUCAGAGUGGAUACCCUGAGUCAUCAGUUAUAUUACCCCCAGAGGCCACUUUUCCGGACGGUGCUUUCUGAUUGUCUUGGAAAGCCAAGGCAUCCACUAGGUCAUAGUAGCAAUCUUCCACGGCCUGAAUUCUUCAAUGGUCAGUGUGUUAUUUUGGCGGUCAACGUUCACCUUGGGUACAAUCAAGAGGAUUCCCUGGUAAUGAACCGGGCUUCAUUAGAGCGUGGUAUGUUCCGGUCCGAACACAUAAGAAGUUACAAAGCUGAGGUUGACAACAAGGAAGCGUUGGGAAAGAAGCCGAAAUUUGAGGAUGCUGUCAAUUUUGGAAAGAUACAAAGUAAAAUUGGGAGAGUGGAUAGCCUCGAUGAUGACGGUUUUCCCUUCGUUGGUGCAAACCUCCAGAAUGGUGAUAUUGUUAUUGGGAGGUGUGCAGAAUCAGGGGCUGAUCAUAGUAUAAAAUUGAAGCACACAGAAAGGGGUAUGGUUCAGAAGGUUGUAUUGUCUGCAAAUGAUGAUGGUAAAAACUUUGCUGUGGUAUCUCUGAGACAGGUUCGUUCACCGUGUCUUGGGGACAAGUUUUCAAGCAUGCAUGGACAAAAGGGUGUCCUUGGUUUUCUGGAGUCUCAAGAGAACUUCCCUUUCACAAUACAGGGGAUAGUUCCAGAUAUUGUGAUAAACCCACAUGCAUUUCCUUCCCGACAAACUCCUGGUCAGCUGCUAGAGGCAGCUCUUGGAAAAGGUAUUGCAUGUGGGGGAUCACAAAAAUAUGCCACCCCUUUCUCAGCCACAUCUGUUGAUGCCAUAACAGAGCAGCUGCAUAGUAGAGCUGGAUUUUCAAGAUGGGGUAAUGAAAGAGUUUACAAUGGCCGAACUGGCGAAAUGAUUCGUUCCCUUGUGUUUAUGGGCCCAACAUUUUACCAGCGCCUGGCACAUAUGGCUGAAGACAAGGUGAAAUUCCGAAACACUGGGCCAGUCCAUCCCCUUACCCGACAGCCAGUGGCAGACCGGAAACGGUUUGGGGGGAUCAAAUUCGGUGAGAUGGAACGCGACUGCCUAAUAGCCCAUGGUGCAGCAGCGAAUCUACAUGAACGCCUGUUCACACUCAGUGACUCUUCGCAAAUGCACAUCUGUCGGAAUUGCCAAAACAUUGCUAGUGUUAUCCAGCGGCCAGUGCCGGGUGGCCGUAAGAUUAGGGGUCCCUACUGUCGGUUCUGUGAAACUGUGGAAGAUAUUGUUAGGGUGAAUGUGCCUUAUGGGGCCAAGUUACUUUGUCAGGAACUUUUCAGCAUGGGCAUAUCUCUAAAGUUUGACACUGAGCAAUGCUGAGCCUGACAAUUGACAAACACUCAUUCUUGUUCAACUUUCUGAUGGAAAUAGGUCUGUCUAUAUGUGAAGUAAACAUGAUUUAUGUUGGGUCUUGUUCAACAUUUUGGUGGAAAUCUGUUUAUAUGCGUAGUAAAAAUAGUUUAUUUUCGGGUUCA